AUGGGGGCUGCAAGGGGUCUGGCCUAUUUGCAUGAUGAAUGUGAGAGGAAAAUCAUUCAUUGUGAUGUCAAAGCUGCAAAUAUAUAUAUGAACGAGGGCUUUGAUGCAAUUAUUUGUAAAUUUGCGUUUGCGGUACACAUGGACCACAUUGUACGAGGAACAAUUGGUGGUAAUAUAGCCCCAGAGUAUCGCUCCAAGGGUACUCUUCCGGAGAAAACUGAUGUUUAUGGUUAUGGUAUGUUUCUUCUUGAGCUCAUCACAGAGCAGAGUGUAAAGACAAACUUAAAGGAGAAGAAAUGGGAGAGGAUGGUAGAUUCUGAUAUUAGAGGUUAUUAUUACAUUGGAGAAGAGGUGAAGCACUUGAUUCAAAUAGCUCUUCUCUGCACACAAGACAACCCCGAGAGACGACCCGAUAUGCCGGAAAUUGUGAGGAUAAUGCUACCGCUUGGAGAUGGCUUAUUAAUUAGCAGCUCAAAGCUACCUUCUCCAGAUUCUCUCGAAAAGUUCCACAAAAAGUACAGCUCGUCGUACUUGGAAUUUGGAGUGCUCCUAUUCCAAGUCUUGCCGUUGUAUCUUGGGAAACGAUUUCCGUUAAAGCCGUAA